AUGGAUGAUGACCAAGCUCGACCCUGCCCUGGCUCACCGACUAUCGCCAACGCAGUGGUCAUACAUAACUCGUCAAAAUCCUAUGCGUACGGUGACAGCGUGUUUGUAGAGUGUAAUGAUGGGUACACUGGCAGUGACAAUAUCACAUGUACGGCUGCUGGGAAUUGGACCGAAUUGACAUGCAUUGCUCGCACGUGCACAAUGCUGGCCAAACCGAUCAAUGGAAUGGUUUAUGUGAGUGGAAACACGUCCGGCUCAGUAGCCUCAUUUACGUGCGAAGCUGGUUAUAACCUCAUAGGGCUGCCCGCUUUAACAUGUACAGAUAAUGGCCUCUGGUCUUCAAUCAAUCCCACCUGCACCCGAGUUACUUGUCCGCCGUUGCAAAACUUCACGAAUGGCUUUCUGGUAACGGGAGGUGAUGACUUUCAAUCAGUGCGAGAAUACAAAUGCCAAGAUAGAUUUGUCUUAUCCGGCUAUGCAACAUCGACGUGUCUUCUGAACGGAACAUGGUCAUCAACAACACCCAUUUGCUAUCCGAUGGUUACAUGUCCAGCCGUAACUAUCACCAACGGCUUGUCUUACCCUGGUCAUGUGAGUGUAAACAGCGUGCGAUCUGUCGUCUGCAAUGACGGUUAUCAGCUGAGUGGCGACAAGGCAAUGGUUUGCAUGCCGGCAGGCAACUGGUCUAAUGUUCCACGAUGUACAAAGAAAGCAACAUGUGCCAUGAUUCCGGUCGGGGAUGGUAAUCUCACACUGUCUUCAACUGAAGUGUACAGUAUUGCUCAUGUGACAUGCAAUAGAGGAUACAAAGUCAAUGGAAGUAGCAUCAUUGUCUGUCUGUCCAAUGGGAGCUGGUCUGACAGCCCAUACUGCGUUGAUAAAUCACGAACAGGCACAUUCAAUAAUGCGGCGGCGUCGAAGUCUACACAGAACCUCAUCAUGAUAAUAGCAUUCCCAAUACUGGCUGCAAUGGCGUUCGUCUUCAUCCUCCAGUUCACACGGCGACAUUGGUCAUGUACCCCAAGCCCUCCGGAUAAGCUCACACUUACCAACCGUACAAGUGCAGGUCCUUUUCAGAUGGAGGAACACAAAACUGCGGCUAACUCAAGUUUCAGAGCAACACCUGACUCCUUACGCACCACUCACUCUCAUUCAGGAAAGGAUGCUCGUUCGGCCAACCACUGGGCAAAGGUGAAAGGCUCCCUGCAUUCCGAAAGAGAAAAAUGCUCACGGGUAGAUUCGUUCUCUGCAGGCCAGACGGGAAAUGGGACCUCACAGGCGGAACUGUGCGCUCAGGACAGCAUAUACUCUAUGACAGAUGUGUACACUGGUGUGCCGAAUGGCAACAAGGAUGCUCAACGCAGCAGCCUCAGGAUUCGGCCCAGCAUGUAUUCCCAGUCGAAGAUGGUGCUCUCCCCACAGGCAUCCCGUGGAUCACCUUCUUCUCACGCUCUGUGCACACAGCAGAGCCUGAUCUCCCAUUCUGAUUUAUACUCUCAGGCGAGCUCAGCCCACGAGGACGGGGAGACUGAUGUGGGUGUUUACGCAGACACGCAACAGCAGGACAGCGGGUACUCCCCUAUAGUGAAAAGAACAUCUGGAGACGUUCACACUGACAAGCGGGCCACUCUUGUCACAAUGCACUCCCAGACUGAUGUCUACUCAGCAAUAACCAAGGGAACGGAUGUGGGUUGCUCUCAACUGGACAAGGACAUUGAAACUGACCUGCAGUCUCUGGACGACGUGUAUACUACAGUUGUGAAAGGCACGGGAACCCCAAUACACCGGACGUCCACCAGGAGACUCCCAGAACGCCGAAUUUCCAACGACACAGCGUCGUCAGCAAAAACUGACGACCUUAGCGCAUACGCCACUCUUGAUAAAGUCUUGCAAUGAGGCUGCACGAAGUAGCC